AGAGGCGUCGGCGCCGCGCCGACCCGGCGUCCCGCGCGGCUGGGACGGCCCCAUCCGCCAGCGAAGCAACGAGCGGCGGAACUGCCGCACGGCGGGUUGAUUGACGGCGAUGUAUGCUAAUGCCGGGGGGAGGAGGGGGAGGGGGGGUGUUGUGAGCCGCCUUGCCCCCGCUGUUCGGCUGCAAAGCUUUACGUUACAAGCGGUCGUUCGGGGCAAUACCGUUACGUCGACCAGCGAGGAGUCGUAACAAUAAGUCGGCGGCGGGUUAACGUUACGAGUCGGGGAUUUAACGGUUUAGCUUGGUGAUUUGCCGUUGCGUUUAUCGUACGGUUUGGACAACCACCCCCACCCCCACCCGCACCCGCACCCCCCGUGAUCCUAACUUUUCUAACCAGCCUUCACGCUGCCCCGUGGCCCGGCGCAGCGGCUCGGAAGUUUAUCUCAACGUUCGCCGACUAACUGGCCGAAUCGGAUUACAUUAUACACAGGUCUGGGUAGCAUUAUCAAGACCACAGCUUCAGGCCAUUCACUGAUGGGUGUAUACUUUUUGAGGCAAGAUAAUGAAUACACACCAUUCGGAAUGCCACCAACAGCAGAUAAAUGAAGAUGAGCUAAGACAUUGUUUCCCCUAAAGAACGGUUGAAGACUGUAAUUUUGUUGGAACUAUACAAAUCCGACGAUUUUAACUUCUGGCAAAGUGUCUUCUGACUUCACGUGUAGUUACAGAGUCAUGAAGAGUAACUUGGCUGGUUGAACUGUCUUCAUACAAGUGAUUUUAAUGUUUUAAUUGCUUUUAUUGAGGAGAACUUUUGAACUAAAUUCGUCAGUAUGAGUGCUGAAGGGUAUCAAUACAGAGCACUUUAUGAUUACAAGAAGGAGAGAGAAGAGGACAUCGAUCUGCAUGUGGGUGAUAUCUUGAUGGUGAGCAAAGGUGCCCUGGUGGCUCUAGGUUACAGUGAUGGGCUUGAGCAGAGACCAGAGGAGAUUGGCUGGUUGCCUGGCUUCAAUGAAACCACUCAAGAAAAGGGGGACUUCCCUGGGACAUAUGUUGAAUAUAUUGGGAAGAAAUGGAUCUCCCCUCCCACUCCAAAACCGAGACCCCUCAGGCCCUUACCUGUGGCCCCAAGCUCUUUCAGGGCAGAAGCUGACUCAGACUCAGAGCAAGGCCUCUCUCUGCUGGACCUGACGGAGCAGUUUGCCCCUCCAGAGACUGCCCCGCCCAUGCUGGUUAGACUACUGGAAGCUAUUGAGAGGAAAGGUCUGGAUAACCCUUCAUUAUAUCGGACAUUUACGGCUGGAGGAGGACUGGAAGUCAGACAGUGGUUUGAUUGUGAUACUGCUUCAGCAGAACUGGACCGGCUGGAGCUGACGGUCCUCUGUGAUGGCCUGCGCAGAUACCUGCUGGACCUCCCUCAGCCUGUCAUCCCCACUGCCGUCCAUGCUCAGAUGGUCCACACCGUCCAAGAGGUGGUGAAUCCUGAGGAGUGCGCCCAGCUUCUUCGUCACACGGCGAGCUCCCCCAACCUACCUGCCCAAUACUGGCUCACUCUCCAUUGCCUGCUCAGGCAUUUCUCUAGGGUGUGCCAUAACGGCUCCAAGAACCUGCUCACCGCCAGAACCUUGGGCGAGAUUUUCAGCCCUGUAUUUUUCAGACAACAGGCUGCCAGCUGUGAGCCUACCCUGGAUGUUCACUGCAAGAUCAUCGAGAUCCUGGUGACAAGCGAAUGGAGUGAAAGUCAGGCGGCUGCAGAACGACCGGGAUUCCACUCCUACCUAAAACGAGCGUGGGCGGGCAACAUGACGGCUGCCCUACCUCCAAAGCCACCCAAGCCCACAUCUGUGAAUAACAACGGUAUAAACAACAACAUGGCUCUGCAAGAUGCCGAAUGGUACUGGGGAGAUAUCUCGAGAGAGGAAGUCAACGAGAAGCUGAGAGACACCGCGGACGGUACGUUCUUGGUGCGAGACGCCUCGACAAAGAUGCACGGGGACUAUACUCUCACUCUGAGGAAAGGAGGCAACAAUAAGCUCAUCAAAAUAUUCCAUCGGGAUGGAAAGUAUGGUUUUUCAGACCCACUGACCUUCAACUCUGUUGUGGAGCUCAUCAACCACUAUCGCAACGAGUCACUGGCUCAGUACAACCCUAAGCUAGAUGUCAAACUCCAGUAUCCUGUCUCCAAACACCAGCAGGAUCAGGUGGUGAAGGAGGACAACAUUGAAGCUGUGGGGAAGAAGCUAUGUGAAUACCAUCAGCAGUACCAUGAGAAGAAUAAGGAGUAUGACCGUCUUUACGAGGAGUACACCAGAACAUCACAAGAAAUCCAAAUGAAAAGAACAGCUAUAGAGGCGUUCAACGAAACGAUUAAGAUAUUUGAAGAGCAAUGCCAAACACAAGAGCGGUACAGCAAGGAGUACAUUGAAAAGUUCAGGAGAGAAGGCAAUGACAAGGAGAUCCAGAGGAUCAUGGGCAACUACGAGAAGCUGAAGUCCAGGAUAAGUGAGAUUGUGGACAGCAAGCGUCGGCUGGAAGAAGAUCUCAAGAAACAAGCGGCAGACUACAGAGAGAUCGACAAAAGGAUGAACAGCAUCAAGCCUGACCUCAUCCAGCUCCGGAAGACGAGAGAUCAAUAUCUCAUGUGGCUCACCCAGAAGGGCGUUCGGCAGAAGAAACUUAACGAGUGGCUUGGGAUAAAAAACGAGAACACAGAAGAUCAAUAUUCUAUGGUAGAAGAUGACGAAGACCUUCCUCAUCACGAUGAGCGAUCCUGGAAACUGGGUAACAUUAAUCGACUCCAGGCCGAGGCUCUCCUCCGGGGCAAGCGAAAUGGAACAUUCCUGGUUCGAGACAGCAGCAAAGCGGGAUGCUACGCCUGCAGCGUUGUUGUGGACGGUGAAGUGAAGCACUGCGUCAUCAACAAGACACCCUCAGGGUACGGGUUUGCCGAGCCGUACAACCUGUACAGUUCACUAAAAGAACUAGUACUUCACUACCAGCACACGUCUUUGGUUCAGCACAACGACUCCUUGAAUGUCACGCUAGCGUACCCCGUCUAUGCUCAGGAGAGACGAUAAGGACCCAGACCCAGACAGGUGGACGGGUGGAAGGGCCUCCUCCUCAAGAGUGGACUUCUUGGGACUCGCGGAUGAAAGUGAACACGGACUUUAAACCGAGAGGGAAGUGACACAGCAAAUAAAGCCUGGAGAAAAAAAUAAUUCAGUGACUUUGACCGAGCGCAGCGGGGAGACUGAAUGUAGAUUAAUUUCUUUAACGCUUUUCGUGGGAGCACAGAAUCGAGAGCAGAAGCUGCUGAGCUCUCCCUUGGUGCAGAGCAAUGGAGGCCUUUUCCUCACGGUGCUCGUCCUUUCUCGAAGCUCUACCAGCAGGAAUUUCGAAACGCAGCAGAUAACACUCGAGCGGAUCUGUACCCACUAGCCACAACUCUUGCUCCCCGUCAUUUCCUUCCUUCCCUCUCAGUUCAUUUCAUCCCCCCUUUGUGUACAUGUGCGCACAAGUGUUCUUAUGUAUGUUGCUGUGAGCAAGUGUGUGAUUGUCCAUGUGACCAAAAAUUUUGCAGGAUCAGGAAGGCAUGACGUGGCGGGUGUCUAACCCAUUUGUUUGAGAUAACCUUAGAAGCAGACCUUGGAUCAGCUGAUAAAUGUAGCAAAAAAAAGGCACUUUUUAACAGAGUUUAAAUGAUUUUUUUUUAUUUUAUGGACUUAAACUUGAGGAGCGGAGAGGACGAGACGGCGAGAUCCCUGCUCUCCCCCCGUGUUGAGACAUUGUUAUCGUGCAGACUCGGUCUUGGAUCUUUCUUCUGGCAAGCAAAACCACGAACGGACUUGAAAAUGGGAAUAAUUCAGUUUGUAAAUAGACGAAAGUGUACACAGCGAUGAAAUUUAAUGUACCAUACCAAAAAAAAAGAUCACUUCCUGUUUAGUUAUAUUCUGAUCUGCUAUGCAAUUCUGUCUCCCAUAUUUCAGCAACAUUGUUUUGUUUUGGGGUUUUUUUUGUGCAACCAAUGAUAUAAGCUUUUUUCUUUUCUUUUCCUGUGAAAAUAACCAAAAGGAUACUUUGUGUCAGAAUGCAAAUAUAAAUACAAUAGUACUAUAUACUUUAUUACAAAUUACUUUAUCCGCUGGUGUAAAAAAUGGAAAAGAUAAGUAUUUUAUUACUCUUUGUUUUUUUUUUUUUAAAGAUAAUGUUUUUGGCAUUUCCCGCCUCUUUCUGAUAGUGAUAGUAGAGAGACAGGAGAAAGGGGGGGAUGACGCGCAGCAAACGUCCCGGGCCGGUUUCGAACCCGGGCCGCUGCAGUAAGGACUCGGCCUUAUAAGGUACGCGCUCUACCAGGUCGGCCACCGGGGGCGCCCUAGUAUUAGUCUUCUUUUUUUUUUUUGUGGCUUCAAACUAACAUUGUUAUCGGGCAGAGCCUUCUGGGUAUUCGAGCUGCUUCAGUCACGUGAACGGUUUCUUCGCGCGGUAGGCCCGCGUGCUGUAUUUUUACACGUAGAGUCAGACGUUGUAGCACUGAGCAAGGAUGCCGGCGAGCUGAGUUUUGCCAGUUUCAAACCUAUAGUGCGUGGACACACCUUCCCAACCAUGCCCAUGAUUACAAUAGAGAUGUAUUUUUUGAUAAAAACUCGCCCCCCAUCCAUCGGUUGGAGGUGAUGGAUGAAUACACAUCCGUCAGGAAUCCUUUUAUCUUCCCGUAUGCGUUGCCCACAUGUAGUAUUUUUCUGUAUCAGAAAAUCCUAAAAGUAGAGACAUGGGUGAAUCAGCUCGUUUUCUAUUUCUAGAAGACAGCGCCAGCGAGCGGUGGCGCUGUCUGCAGAAGGUACCCAAAAUGGCGGCGGCCAGUGCGAGGCCCGCUCACUUCCGCUCUCGCGCCGCUUUUUUACAAGCGUGUGUCGCUCGGGCGGUCAGGCACGUGAGACGGGACCAGCCGGUCAGUCGGAACCUCAGCGGACGUCUUAAGUCGCCCUCAUCUGUUGAAUGUAUUCAUUUGGCAACCGCGAUGACGUCACCGUCAGCGUUUGGGGCCGUGGUACUGCUGGCCCAGUUGAUAUGGAAAGACGAGAGUUAAACCAUCGCUUAAUCACAUAUAUCCUGCUUGAGAAUUUCGUUUAUUUUGUUGUUUUUUUUUUGUUGUUUUUUUUUAGAUAUUGCAAUUCUAGAUCUACUUGCCUUACAUUUGAUUUAGACACGCUAUUUUCCAAAAUGUACGUUGCCCUGCACAACUGGAAAGUUAUUGUCCUUGUGUCAGAUAUAUUUUUAAGUAACAUAAAACGAUUAGUUAUAUGAAUAUUAACCUCCAAUUUUGAUUGCCCGUUUAUUUUGAGUGAAUUGUUUAAAUGUGACUCCGCCCCCCCCCGCAAUACUUUGCAUCACUUACGUCAUGGAAAUUGGCCACACGUGUGCACAUGUGGCCAAUGUUACACAGUUUCUUGCGUCAUCCUACACCAAUAAAUAGAACAUUGUGAGCUGGAAACUAGUUAAAACAGUUUGGCUUUUAUUUUGAAUAAUGCAUUAUAUGAUUUUGAAUAAUAUUUUAUUUUGAAUAAAAUAUUCAAAAUAUAAACAUUAUAUUUAUGAUACUUGAAUAAUUUUUUAAUCUAUAGGACAGGAUAGUACUUGACAUUUCAAGCCAAACGCAAAUUCAAACCUACAAAAAUGUAACUAUUUCCCGAGCACUUCGACAUUAACUGGUGCUUAUGUGUUAAUUGGUUAAUUGUUCAUUUGUUUGAUUUGAAGCCACUUAAAGUGAUCAGCUGAAAGUUUGGGAUACUAGAUCACAUAUACCCGAGACAUUUAUUAUGUAAAAAAAAAUUACUCUCAUCUUGUUUUAAUCCCUAGGAUCUGUCGAUACAGUCAUACUUGUUCUAAUCCAAUUUUGUCUUGUUUUAAAAUUUGUACCUGUCUUUAGAAAAACACUGAACUUUUUUUUUCUGUCCACCCUCGUGGCUUUAAUGACUUCUUCAAUUAUUAUUUUAGACCUGAUUGUCAGAAUUAGGAUGGAAUAGACAUUUGCCAGCGUUCCCCGGCUUUGUUCAAAGAAAAUAAAACACCUUUUGUUUUUAUUUUUCAACAAA